AUGACGACCACAACGAGGCCUCAGAUUGUGGAUAUUGAGCCCACCAACAUCGACACAAAUCAGGCAUGGGCUAAUCCUGACGCUUUCGAUGCCGAAAAGAAGCCCGACCCUACACCGCAACGACAAGAUGCAUUCGGUGAUGAGGAAAAUGCAGAGGUUAAGUACAAAGUCUUAAAGUGGUGGCAAGGUGGCCUGCUCAUGGUGUCAGAAACUAUCUCCCUGGGCAUAUUAUCUCUUCCAGCUGCUGUGGCAGGUAUGGGCCUUGCUCCAGCUCUUGUUGUGCUUAUUGGCAUGGGCCUUCUAGCAACAUAUACCGGAUAUCUUAUUGGGAAAUUCAAGGAGAGACAUCCUCACAUUUCUAGCAUGGCCGAUGCAGGCGAGGUCUUGAUGGGCCGCUUUGGAUAUGAGUUAUUUGGAACUGCCCAGCUGCUCUUCCUCGUAUUUAUCAUGGCCAGCCACAUUCUCACAUUUACCGUGGCACUCAAUACAAUCACAAACCAUGCAACUUGCUCAAUUGUUUUUGGUAUUGUGGGAAUGAUCAUUUCCUGUAUUUUGUCCUUGCCACGAACACUGGAAAAAGUUUCGUGGUUUUCACUUGUUUCUUUCGUUAGCAUUUUCUCGGCCGUUAUGAUUUGCAUGGUUGCCGUGGGUAUUCAGAAUCCUGAAGCAAUCGUCCAUCCCACAGUAGAGACAAACCUGGUCACCGGUUUCACAGCCGCGGCUAAUAUUGCUUUCUCUUACGUCAGCCACAAUACUUUUUUCACCUUUAUCGCCGAACUCAAAGAUCCUAAGGACUUUCCCAAAGCUCUCGCCCUUCUACAAACCGUGGAUAUGACUCUUUAUAUCGUUGCAGCAGUUGUGAUAUACCGAUUUGCAGGUGCCGACGUCACAUCUCCAGCACUAGGCUCAGCUGGUCCUUUGAUCUCUCGGAUAGCAUAUGGUGUUGCCCUUCCUACGAUUGUCAUAGCAGGUGUUAUAAAUAGUCACGUAGCGGCCAAGUCAAUCUAUAUCCGUCUGUUUGCGGGCACCGACCGCAUGCACAAGCGAGACUUCGCAGCUGUUGGCUCUUGGGUUGGCAUUGCCGCGGUGCUUUGGCUGGUUGCUUGGGUUAUUGCGGAAGCAAUUCCUGUUUUUAACAACCUUUUAAGCCUGAUUACUGCGCUUUUCGGUAGUUGGUUUACCUUCGGGUUUACUGGCAUCUUUGGCUUGCAUAUGGACCAAGGUUUAUGGUUUGCUUCUCCUAAGAAGACUAUUCAUACUCUACUCAACUUCUUUGCUAUCUCUGUUGGAGUUGUUCUGUGCGUUCUUGGCCUUUAUAGCUCUGGUAAAGCCAUCCACGACAACCCCGGGAGUGCCAGUUUUUCCUGCGCCAACAAUGCGUAA